CUGUGUGGUGUCAGCUGUGCCAGCUAGUAAAUGUACCCCUAAAAGAUCCGAAAAAAUGAGAUUUCCAGCAAAAAUUAUUUGGCUUAUGUUAUGGGCUGUUUGUGUAGCAGAAGACUGUAAAGAACCUCCUCCAAGAAAAAGUACAGAAAUUCUCAUGGGUUCCUGGAAGGACCAAACAUAUCCAGAUGGCACUCACGCUACCUAUAAAUGCCGCCCUGGAUAUAGAACACUUGGAAGUAUUGUAAUGGUAUGCAGGAAUGGAGAAUGGGUGGCUCUUUAUCCAGCAAGGAUAUGUCAGAAAAAGCCCUGUGGACAUCCUGGGGAUACUCCCUUUGGUUCCUUUAAGCUCACAGAAGGAGAUAAGUUUGAAUAUGGUGCAAAGGUUGUUUAUACAUGUGAAGAAGGAUAUCAAAUGCUGGGUAGUAUCAAUUUCCGUGAAUGUGAACCAGACGGAUGGACCAAUGACAUUCCUAUAUGUGAAGUUGUUAAGUGUUUACCAGUGACAGCACCAGAGAAUGGGAGAAUUGCCCGUGGCUCAUUGGAACCAGACAGGGAAUCUUUUUAUGCACAAGUGGUACAGUUUGAGUGUAACCCAGGCUUCAAGCUUGAUGGCCAUAAAGAAAUACAUUGCGCAGAAAAUGGAAUGUGGAGUGAAGAAACACCAAAAUGUGUGGAAAUUUCUUGCAAGGUACCAGAAAUUAGAAAUGGAUACGCUCUAUCUCAGAAGGAAAUUUAUAAGGAGAAUGCACGAUUACAAUAUAAUUGUAACCAGGGUUUUGAAUACAGUGAAAGAGGAGAUGCUGUGUGUACUGAAUUUGGAUGGAGACCAGAUCCUUCAUGUGAAGAAAUAACAUGCAAACCUCCUUAUAUUCCAAAUGGUUUUUACUCACCUGAAAAGAGUAAAUACAGAACUCAAGAUGAAAUCAGAUACCAGUGUAAAGAUGGUUUUUAUCCUUCAACCCAGGGAAAUACAGCAAAAUGCACAAAGAUUGGCUGGGUACCUGCUCCAAGAUGUAGCUUUAAACCUUGUGAUUUUAUGCAAAUAAAACACGGAAGGCUAUAUAAUGAAGAGCGAUAUAGACCAUACUUUCCAGUACCUGUAGGAAAGUAUUUUUAUUAUCACUGUGAUCAAAAUUUUGUGACAUCUUCAGGAAGCUACUGGGAUAUUAUUCAUUGCACACAAGAAGGAUGGUCACCAGCGGUACCAUGUCGCAGACAAUGUACUUUCAGUUAUGUGGAGAAUGGACAUAAACCAAGGUACGAAAGAAAAUAUCUACAAGGUGAAUCUGUGCAAGUCACCUGCUAUCGUGGCUACAGUCUUCCGGAGGAGCAGACCACAGUGACAUGUACCGAGAAUGACUGGUCCCCUCCUCCCAGAUGCAUCCGUGUCAAAACAUGUUCAACAUCAAAUAUAGAAAUAGAGAAUGGUUUUUUUUCUGAACCGGGUGUUGUGUAUGACAUAAAUAAACAAACACAAUAUACGUGUAAAUCAGGAUAUGUAACAACAGAUGGUGAAAUAUCAGGAUCAGUUACAUGUCUGCAAAGUGGGUGGUCAGCUCAACCGAAAUGUAUUAAAUCUUGUGAAACUCCACUAUUUAAGAAUGCCAGAACCAAAAGUAACAGCACAUGGUUUAAGGUCAAUGACACAUUGGACUAUGAAUGCCAUGAUGGAUAUGAAAACAGACACAAUGAUAUCAAAGGUUCCAUAGUAUGUGGUUACAAUGGUUGGUCUGAUACACCCACAUGUGAUGAAAGAAAAUGCAUUAUUCCCGAAAUAGAAAACAACUUACAUCCUAAUCCCAAGAGAGAAACAUAUAAAGUAGGGGAUGUGUUGAAAUUUUCCUGCAGUUGGAGACGUAAAAGAGUCGGACCAGAUUCAAUUCAGUGCUACCACUUUGGCUGGUCUCCUAAGCUCCCAACAUGUAAAGGUCAAGUACAGUCGUGUGGCCCACCUCCUCAGCUCCCCAAUGGGAAAAUUAUGGAAGCAAAGAAAGAAGAGUAUCAGCAUAAUGAUGUGGUGGAAUAUGGCUGCAAUCCUAGAUCUCUGAUGAGGGGGCCCAAUAAAAUUCAAUGUGUUGAUGGAACGUGGACAACGUUGCCGAUAUGCAUUGAAACGGAGAGAAUUAAAAAGUGCAAAAUGGAGAAAUCAAGGUUUAUUUUAAUUGAGCCAAAACUCUCAGGUGAGAAUGAAUUUAAUCAAAGCUCCAAAAUAAGUUACAGAUGUAAUGGAAAAUCAGAAGAGAAACAAUCAACCUGUAUAAAUGGAAAAUGGAAUCCAGAACUGAACUGCAAACAAGUACAAAUGCAACACUGCCCACCUCCACCUCAGAUUCCCAAUGCUCAAAAUAUGACAACCACAGUGAAUUAUCAAAGUGGAGAAAAAAUAUCUGUUCUUUGCCAAGAAAAUUAUCUACCUCAGGAAUCAGAAGAAAUGGUGUGCAGAAAUGGAAGCUGGCAGUCAAUACCACGUUGUGUUGAAAAAAUUCCAUGUUCUGAACCACCUCAUAUAGAACAUGGAAACAUUAACUUAUUUAAACAUUCAGAAGAAAAGAAAGAAACAGCUGAACCUGAGCCUUAUCCACAUGGCAGUAAAUUAAGUUAUAUUUGUGAAAAUGGUUUCACGAUAUCCAAAAAAAAUGAGAUAACAUGCAACAUGGGAAAAUGGAGCUCUCCACCGCAGUGUGUAGGACUUCCUUGUGACGAGCCACCAUCAAUUCUUUAUGGUGUUGUAUCUGACAAGAUACAGAAAUACCAAUAUGGAGCAGAAAUUACAUACAACUGUAUGGAAGGUUUUGGAAUUGAUGGACCUGCAUUUGUAAAAUGUUUAGGAGCAAAAUGGACUGAUCCACCCAAAUGCAUAAAAACGGAUUGUUAUAAUUUACCCAAAUUUGAUAACGCCAUACUCAUAGGUCAGGAGAAGACACAAUAUAGGUCAGGAGAACAAGUGACUUAUAAAUGCUCAACAUAUUAUCAAUUGGAUGGAUCGAAUAUUGUAACGUGUGUUAAUGGCAAAUGGAUAGGAAAACCAACAUGCAAAGAUGUUUCGUGUGGUGAUCCACCCGGAGUGGAAAAUGCUAAUAUAGCAUCGAACCUGAUGACCAGGUAUCCAUCUGAAGAGAGAGUACGGUAUGAGUGUAAGAAACCUUUUGAUAUGUUUGGGGAACCAGAAAUCAGGUGUCUCCAUGGAAACUGGACGGAACCACCUAAAUGCAAAGAGUCCAAAGGAAAAUGUGGGGCCCCACCGGCUAUCGACAAUGGAGACAUCACUUCAUUUCCAUUAGGAGUCUAUGCUUCAGGCUCUUCCGUUCAGUAUCAGUGCCAGUCCCUGUACCAACUUGAGGGCGACAAGACAAUAACGUGUAGAGACGGGCAGUGGUCUGAACCACCAAUAUGCUUACAUGCAUGUGUAAUAUCAGAAGAAAUCAUGGAAAAAUACAACAUUAUGUUAAGGUGGUUAUCUGAAAAAAAGCUUUAUUCCAAAACUGGGGAGUAUGUUGAAUUUAUAUGUAAACGUGGAUAUAAUAAAGCAGCAUCAUCUCAUUCAUUUCGAACAAGGUGUCAGGAUGGGAAACUUGAGUAUCCUCGUUGUGAAAAAUAAAGGGGUUACUCUGGUUAAAAUGUGCAUCUUUAUUCAAAAUUUUUAUUAUUAAUUCAGUUGAGUUCUCAAUUUUAUUUUGCGAGUGUUGCUUAACUUUAUUCAUAAAUAAGAUUUUGUUUUGUC